UACAGCAUUACAAUCAUUGUGGGCAACUCAAAUGUACCAUCAUUAUCUGAGAAUCAGAAGAAACUUUCCCUUGCCUUUCCUCAAAAUUUUCCCACCAACCAAACACCGCCACUCCCCUUUCGCCACUUCCACAAUCCGAACCCCAAAUGCCAAUCCCAACAUUGAAGCCGUUCCCUCUGAUUUCCCUUCUCCUUCACCGAAAAGACCCCACUUGGUUCCCACCCAUAACUUAACAAGCAAACACCCAGCUUUCCAUCAAAAUAAUCUCAAUGACAUCAUUUCUUCUAAUAAGAUUAUCAGUGGCUAUAUUCGAUCGGGUGAUUUGAAUUCCGCUCUCCGAGUUUUCACAAACAUGACUGUUAAAACGACUGUUACUUGGAACGCAAUUUUAGCUGGGUAUUCGAGAAAACCCGGGAAAAUGACACAAGCGCAGAAACUGUUUGAUCAAAUUCCUCAAAAGGACAUUAUCUCGUAUAAUAUCAUGCUGGCUUGUUAUGUACAAAAUUCUGGGAUGGAAACGGCCUGGUCUUUCUUUAAUUCCAUGCCCGUUAAGGACACCGCUUCUUGGAAUACAAUGAUAUCUGGUUUCGCUCAAAAUGGUGCAAUGGGGAAAGCAAGGGAAUUGUUUUUGGCAAUGCCAGAGAAGAAUAGUGUUACUUGGAGUGCAAUGGUUUCUGGGUUUGUUGAAUGUGGGGCAUUGGAAUUGGCUGAGGAGUUUUUUGAGUUUGCCGCAGAGAAGAGUGUGGUGACAUGGACUGCAAUGAUAAGUGGGUAUAUGAAGUUUAGGAAGAUAUAUAAAGCUGAGAGUUUGUUUCGAGAGAUGCCGGUUAAAAACUUGGUGACUUGGAAUGCUAUGAUCGCCGGUUACGUGGAGAACUGUCGGGCUGAGGAUGGUUUAAAGCUUUUUAGAACCAUGUUAAGAAAUGGUAUCCGGCCGAAUCAUUCGAGUUUGAGCAGUAUUCUAUUGGGUUGUAGUGAAUUGUCCGCUCUACAAUUUGGGAAACAAGUUCAUCAGCUUGUUUGUAAGUCUUUGUUACGUGAUGAUACAACAGCGUCUACUUCAUUGAUCAGCAUGUACUGUAAAUGUGGGGUGUUGGAUGAUGCUUGGAAACUGUUUCUCGAGACGAAUCGGAAGGAUGUUGUUUGUUGGAAUGCAAUGAUUUCUGGAUAUGCUCAACAUGGUGCAGGUGAGAGAGCUCUUCAUUUGUUCGAUGUGAUGAGGAGCGAAGGAAAAAGGCCUGAUUGGAUCACUUUCGUAGCUGUUCUUUCAGCCUGUAACCAUGCAGGGAUGGUAGAUAUCGGGAUUCGAUACUUUGAUUCCAUGGUGAAGGAUUAUGGGGUUGAACCUAGACCAGAUCACUAUUCGUGUAUGGUGGACCUGCUCGGUCGAGCUGGGAAACUCAUUGAAGCUGUAGAUUUGAUAAAGAAAAUGUCUUUCAAACCGCAUUCCGCCAUAUUUGGAACCCUUUUGGGUGCUUGUAGGAUCCACAAGAACUUGGAGAUAGCCGAGUUUGCCGCUCAGAACUUGCUCAAUCUUGAUCCUAAAAGUGCAGCUGGGUAUGUGCAGCUGGCUAAUGUUUAUGCUGCAAUGAACAAAUGGGACCAUGUUGCUCGGAUUCGCCGAUCAAUGAAAGACAAUGGGGUAAUAAAAACACCAGGUUAUAGUUGGAUUGAGACAAAGAGUACAGUUCAUGAGUUCAGGUCUGGGGAUAGAGUGCACCCCGAAGUAGCAUCCAUACAUCUGAAAUUGAAUGAGUUGGAGAAGAAGAUGAAGUUGGCUGGUUAUGUUCCGAAUCUUGAUUUCGCAUUGCAUGACGUGGGAGAAGAGCAAAAAGAACAGCUUCUAUUACGGCAUAGUGAGAAGCUGGCGAUUGCCUUCGGCCUUAUCAAAACUCCAUAUGGAACCCCGAUCAGGGUGUUUAAGAACUUGAGAGUCUGCGGCGAUUGCCACCGUGCCAUCAAGUACAUUUCAGCAAUAGAAAGAAGAGAGAUUAUUGUUAGGGAUACCGUCAGGUUUCACCAUUUUAAGGAUGGAUGCUGUUCUUGUGGAGAUUACUGGUAGGUUUAAGGAUUCCCCUCGAAAGCUAUUUUUCAGCAUUUUCCUUUCAUUGCAACUGUUGUACACAUUCAUGUGAAGAAUUCAAAUUUCACCAUUUAUA